AUGUACGUGAUAUUGAUAAUAGCAGUGUUUACACCUGGAAUGCUGGGGAAUGUGUUCAUUGGACUGGUAAACUACUCUGACUGGGUAAAAAACAAGAAAAUCACCUUCAUCAACUUCAUCCUGAUCUGUUUGGCAGCGUCCAGAAUCAGCUCUGUGUUGGUGGUAUUUAUUGAUGCAAUCAUCCUAGAACUAACUCCUCAUGUCUAUCAUUCUUACAGUCGAGUGAAAUGCUCUGAUAUAUUCUGGGUUAUAACUGACCAGCUGUCAACGUGGCUUGCCACCUGCCUCAGCAUUUUCUACUUACUCAAAAUAGCCCACUUCUCCCAUCCCCUUUUCCUUUGGUUGAAGUGGAGAUUGAGAGGAGUGCUUGUUGGUUUUCUUCUAUUUUCUUUGUUCUCAUUGAUUGUUUAUUUUCUACUCCUGGAAUUACUGUCUAUUUGGGGAGAUAUUUAUGUGAUCCCUAAAAGCAAUCUGACUUUAUAUUCAGAAACAAUUAAGACCCUUGCUUUUCAAAAGAUAAUUGUUUUUGAUAUGCUAUAUUUAGUCCCAUUUCUUGUGUCCCUAGCCUCAUUGCUCCUUUUAUUUUUAUCCUUGGUGAAGCACUCCCAAAACCUUGACAGGAUUUCUACCACCUCUGAAGAUUCCAGAGCCAAGAUCCACAAGAAGGCCAUGAAAAUGCUAUUAUCUUUCCUCGUUCUCUUUAUAAUUCACAUUUUUUGCAUGCAGUUGUCACGGUGGUUAUUCUUUCUGUUUCCAAACAACAGGUCAACUAAUUUUCUUUUGUUAACAUUAAACAUCUUCCCAUUAUCUCAUACAUUCAUUAUCAUCCUGGGAAACAGCAAGCUUCGACAAAGAGCAAUGAGGGUCCUGCAACAUCUUAAAAGCCAACUUCAAGAGUUGAUCCUCUCCCUUCAUAGAUUGUCCAGAGUCUUCACUAUGGAAAUAGCUUAA